AUGUGGGAAAUGUUUAAGAGAAAUCCAGAUAACAGUUAUCCAGUUAUCCUUGUGGUCCUGUUGGCCACCUGCUGGAGCUUCUUGCCACAAUUGGCAGGCGCAGGAUCGUCGCAGGCACACGACACGGUGUCCGUGUCCUUGCCGGGUGACAUAAUACUCGGUGGACUUUUUCCCGUUCACGAGAAGGGCGAAGGUGCACCGCCCUGCGGACCCAAGGUCUACAACCGGGGUGUUCAGCGACUGGAAGCCAUGCUUUAUGCUAUCGACCGUGUUAACAACGACACAAACAUAUUGCCGGGAAUAACGAUAGGCGUGCACAUACUGGACACGUGCUCUCGGGAUACCUACGCUCUGAACCAGUCUCUCCAGUUUGUGCGCGCCUCGCUGAACAACCUGGACACGUCCGUGUUCGAGUGCUCCGAUGCAUCCGUUCCGCAGUUGAGGAAAAAUGCGACAUCCGGUCCGGUCUUUGGUGUAAUUGGCGGCUCGUACAGUUCCGUAUCGCUGCAGGUCGCGAAUCUCUUGCGCCUCUUUCACAUACCGCAAAUUUCACCGGCAUCUACGGCAAAGACUCUCUCGGACAAGACGCGCUUUGAUCUAUUCGCACGCACCGUGCCGCCGGAUACAUUCCAGUCUGUCGCCUUGGUGGACAUCAUCAAGAACUUCAACUGGUCCUACGUGUCGACAAUUCAUUCGGAAGGCUCCUAUGGUGAAUAUGGCAUCGAGGCCUUCCACAAGGAGGCCACAGAGCGACAUGUCUGCAUUGCCGCCGCCGAAAAGGUGCCAAGUGCCGCCGACGACAAAGUCUUUGAUUCGAUUAUUGGGAAACUCCAAAAGAAGCCAAACGCUCGCGGAGUUAUCCUGUUUACGCGCGCCGAGGAUGCGCGUCGCAUCCUUCUCGCGGCGAAACGGGCCAAUCUCUCACAUCCCUUCCACUGGGUGGCCAGCGAUGGAUGGGGCAAACAGCAGAAGCUACUGGAGGGGCUGGAGGACAUUGCCGAGGGCGCCAUUACGGUUGAACUGCAAUCGGAGAUAAUCGAAGACUUUGACCGAUAUAUGAUGCAAUUGACGCCCAGCAACAACAAGCGAAAUCCUUGGUUCGCCGAGUAUUGGGAGGAUACCUUUAAUUGUGUGCUAUCCACGGCAUCGGAGAAUGGACAACAAGAGGAAGAGGAAGCUAGUCCAACCAAAGAAAAGCCGAAAAUCGCCUGCGAUGACAGUUUCAGGCUCUCGGAAAAAGUCGGUUACGAGCAAGAAUCGAAGACUCAAUUCGUAGUGGACGCCGUGUACGCCUUCGCCCAUGCCCUACACAAUUUGCACAAUGAUCUGUGCACCCAGAAUGAUCAGAACCCGGGCGCACAGCAUCGGCAUAGUGCGUCCGUGUGGUAUCGCAAGCCCGUGGACAGCCACUCGCAGGCAUGUCCCAAUAUGGCCAACUAUGAUGGAAAGGACUUCUACAACAAUUACCUGUUGAAUGUGUCAUUUUUAGAUUUGGCUGGCAGCGAGGUGAAGUUUGAUCGUCAGGGCGAUGGCUUGGCGAGGUAUGACAUUUUGAACUAUCAACGUCUGGACAACUCCUCCGGAUACCAGUAUAAGGUGAUUGGUAAAUGGUUCAAUAACCUGGAAAUUAACUUGGAUACAGUUGUGUGGAACAAAGAAAAUGAGAUGCCAACCUCGGCAUGCUCCUUGCCGUGCGAAGCUGGGAUGAUAAAAAAACAACAGGGGGACACGUGUUGCUGGAUCUGCGACAGCUGCGAGCCCUACGAAUACGUCUACGAUGAGUUGACCUGCAAAGACUGUGGCCCGGGUCUCUGGCCGUAUCCGGACAAGCUGUCAUGCUUUGCCCUCAACAUCCAGUACAUGCGCUGGAACUCGCUUUUUGCUCUCGUUCCCUUGGCGAUUGCAAUAUUCGGCAUUACGAUGACCAUCAUCGUAAUUGUGUUAUUUGCCAGAAAUCACGAUACGCCGCUCGUGCGUGCAUCGGGCCGUGAGCUUAGCUAUACUCUACUUUUUGGCAUUCUCGUCUGCUAUUGCAACACAUUUGCAUUGAUCGCGAAGCCGACGAUUGGCUCCUGUGUCCUGCAGAGGUUCGGCAUCGGCGUCGGCUUUUCCAUCAUUUACAGUGCUCUGCUCACGAAAACCAAUCGCAUAUCUCGCAUCUUCCACUCUGCAUCGAAGUCGGCGCAGCGCCUCAAAUACAUCAGCCCCCAGUCCCAGGUGGUGAUCACGACCUCCUUGAUCGCGAUCCAAGUUUUGAUUACGAUGAUUUGGAUGAUUGUGGAGCCACCGGGAACUCGAUUUUACUACCCGGACCGCACCGAGGUCAUCUUGAAAUGCAAGAUACAGGACAUGUCCUUUCUUUUCUCUCAGCUGUACAACAUGAUACUCAUUACAAUUUGUACGGUUUACGCUAUAAAAACCCGCAAAAUACCUGAAAAUUUUAACGAAUCCAAAUUUAUCGGAUUCACAAUGUAUACAACCUGCAUCAUUUGGCUGGCAUUUGUACCAAUUUAUUUCGGUACUGGCAACUCCUACGAGAUCCAAAUAACUACAUUGUGCAUAUCCAUCAGCUUAAGUGCAUCCGUGGCCCUGGUCUGUCUCUACUCUCCGAAGGUGUAUAUAUUGGUUUUCCAUCCUGACAAGAAUGUGCGCAAGCUGACAAUGAAUAGCACAGUGUACAGACGCUCUGCCGCAACUGGAGGAGCUCCGGGAGUACCUACAAGUUCCGGAUAUGGUCGCACACCCAUUGGAUUGAAUGCGGCAGACGCAGGCAUAGUCCCUGCUGCUAAAGCUGUGUCUGAGCGACAGCCUCAAAGCGAUUGCCAAAACAGUCCGUGCUCUGAGCUAGAUCAAAAUCAAACGGCGGUUAUUCAUAGGAACGAAGAAUGCGUCAAUGGUGCUCCGACAUCCGACAAGUGCGAUUGCCGACUAGGUGCUGAAGACCCAUCCUGCAUUGGAAUUAACGAUUAGAUAAGUCGCAAAGUGCACCCAAGAUUGACACUUCGUGCUUUGAGUACUCUCCACAUACUAUGAGUACUAUACACACACGAUGAGUACUCUCCACAUACGAUGAGAACUAUCAGCAUACUAUCCACAUACUAGAGUACUAUUUAAUACGAGCAGGUAUGACGGACAGUUUUUGUUAAAAUGUUUGCGUUUCUCACAUAAGUAGUUGCUUUAAUUUAACACAGAACGCUUACUAAAUUUAAAAUGUAGUCUGCGAAAAAUCAAGUUGUUAACUUUCAUAAAAACGAAAAUUGUUAUAAGGAUUUUUUAAAUUAAGUCAACUGAAAGGUGGCCGUAAGUCUUUCGUUCGGACGAAUUGUAAAAUUAAAUUUAAUUAAAAUUAAUUAAAUUAAACAACAGAAGUUUAUUGCUUAAGUGUCGUGCUUUCUGUGCUGAUAGUUUAUCUAUAACUCUUAGUAAGGCCAAAAGAAAACAAACAUAUUAUAUUUUCUAAAGGCGGUAAACGAGUUGAAAGGUGUUUUAAAAAUAUGAUGUGUGUUUAUUUUAUGUUAUUCAAGGAUUAGCAAAUUAUAAUAUUUUACUUGCCUAUCUGGGAAUCUCUGCUCCGAAAUGUAAAAGCAAGCCAUCAUAAGAAAUGUUUGUUAUUUAAAAUUUGUUCUUUAGGACAAUCAUUAACUUUUGAAAUGGACUUUGAUAUUCGGAUAAAAUUUAUUAAAAUAUUUUAACGGUACAUGUUUUUUAACAAAUAGUUUAACUCUCUUCUGUUACCAAAAAGUUUCACGAAGCUUUUAGCUUUCAUCUUUAUAAAGUUCAUUGGCCUAUUACUAAAAAUAUAAGUUUCAGUUUUGAAUCUUAACCGAAAGUUGAAUGUCAAACAUAUUCUAAAGAAAAUAUGUAAAGUUUCAGAGAUAAAACAAUUUAAAGUUAAAUGAGAUCAAGAGAUUUAAAUUAUAAUAUAAUUGUUUUAAAAGAAUUUUAGAGAAACUCCUUUAUUGAGUUCUUUGCAAAUACUUUUCCGAAUAUCAAUGUUAAUAAAAGCAUUACCUAAAUUAACUACGUAAGAUUAGUCGCAGAUUAUCCCACCUAUGAACAUGAUUAAACUAAUACAUAUGGAGAGCACAAUUUGAAUGAAGUAUAAGACAAAUGCACGGACAAAUUAGUUAUGAAUGUUCAAAAUAUGUACUUGUGUAUUAAAUUGAACUGCGUUUCAUAAUCAACACUUUAUUUAUUCCCAAGGAAAAAUUCGAAUCGCAUUAUUUGAACCAACUUUCAUAACUAAAUGAUAAUGUAACUAAGUAUAUUUAGUACUUAAGGAUCCGUCAAGGGGUUCGGAAAAAAUAAAAACAAAAAGUACUUAGCUCAAUAGAUUUUCUUGUGUCCAAAUACUUCUUAUUACAAUGAUUUUUUCCUUCGUUACAGCUAUUAGAUAUCUAAAAUUCAAAAGUAUAAUUUGCAGCAUUCUGGAAUGCCUCCAAUAAAAAUGUAUUCGGGUUCUCAGAUCUUAUGGUUCGCGUGCAGUGCAUGUAAAGAUUAGGAUUUUAAGACUUGGUACAGUGUAUCCGGAAACUAAACAAUUUUAAAAUGUUUUACUUUAUUAUUAAAUU